AUGCCGCUUGCAUCCUGCGUUCCGAUCCCAACAACGGUCAUCUUGGACCACCACGACUCCUACACGCGCAAUCUCUUGGUGCUCUUCUCGCAACUCUUCUCCGCUCCGCCACCCCAACCUCGAGUCGGAGCUUCAGCCGGGAUCGCCACGAUCGAUGUUGGCGCUCGACACGUGCAAGAUCAAGAUCGACAAGGGGACGGAACACUCCCGGCGAGGCGAUGGCUCGAGAAAGGAUGGCAACAACGUGUUGUCGUCAUCAAUGUCGAUGAUAUCACAUGGUACGUGCGGCUCAUAAACCUGUGUGCUCUCAUCGGCCCUCGCACGUGACUCAUCGCAGUUGAUCGUGCUUCUCCCCGUCUCCUCUCUUCCUCACCCGCUCCUCGUUCGGCAAUUUCCCAGGGAACGCUUUGUUUCAACCAUCCUACCGCAUGCAUCGUGUAUCAUCCUUGGACCAGGACCAGGAAACCCAAGUCGGACGUCGGAUUUCUCAUGGUCAGAAAGAUUGAUCAAAAACUUCGGUCACCGAUUGCCCAUUUUGGGCAUGUGCCUCGGCCAUCAGGGCCUCGCAACAAGCUUUGGAGGAAAGGUGAGUCAGGCCUUGCAAAAUCGCCUCAGCUGCUCGUCGAUGUAUUGACACUGGGUGUGGUUUCCGUGAUCAUCUAGGUUGGGCGAGCCAGGGAACCUAGACACGGGCAAAUUUCGAUGAUUCGACUGCCGACGAGCAACACCCACGUGGCCCCGAUUGAUCCUUUAUUCGCCGGAAUUCCUUCGACGUUCGAAGCAGUUCAGUUCAACUCGCUCGUCGUCUCUCCGCAAGAACUUCCGGAUGAGCUUCAAGUCAUUGCUUGGACUGACAAUGGCGGCCGGGACGAGAUUAUGGCGUUGCGCCAUCGGAGCAAGCCGCUCUGGGGUGUACAAUUCCAUCCAGAAGUAUGUUCCGAUGGCCUGUCGAACCACAAAUGAUUCAAUCUGAUCUAUUAUUCUCUUGCUUGCCGCAGUCCAUCUGCUCUACACACGGCUCGACAAUUCUGUCCAACUUUCUCUCGCUGGCCUCGGCUCAUCAUGCCGAGCAUGGCAACCCAAGCCCAACUCUCCCUCUGCCCCUGGACGUACGCGCUCUGACUACGUCGUAUAAACGAGGCCUUCCGAACGUCAUCCCCGAUGUUCCGGCUGAACCACCGUCGUACCGGGCUUGGCGAUGGGAGCAACGCACAAUCGAGCUGGACAAUGCGAGUGAGAGGACACCGCAAGAGGUUUUUGAAGGACUUGUCAAGGGUGUGAAUGACCUGGGAGAAGUGUGGCUGGAUUCUGCAAGGGUGAGAGCACACACUCACACCACUCUUGAGUGCCUUUGACCCUAUGACGUGCUCAUGGAUAUGGUUUCGUGCUCCACAGCCCACUGGAUUGCCUCAAUUCUCGUACGUCUUCGUGCCUCAAACCACUUGGACUCACACUCGACCCGCCAACACGAUCCUCGUCCGACACGACUCCUCGGACGAGUCCCUGAGCUACCAGCUCGAAGGACCUCACACCCUUUUCUCCACCCUCGGAACCGCUCAGGCAACUCUCAAACGACACACUCGUCGCCUCAACCCCGAACUCCCUUCUUUCCCCGUCGGCUUCGUGGGGUAUUUCGGCUACGAGAUGAAGGAAGUCUCGUUGCCGCUUUCGACUUCAGCGGCGACCGUGCAAGCAGAACGAACGGAUGCCGAAUUCGCGUUCGCGAGUCGACUCUUGACUUUCGCGCACGAGACGGGCAAGUGGUACGCUACGGCUUUGGUUCGACUGGAUGGUUCCUCAACGGUUGGUAACGAUGCUUCGAAGACGGGAUUGGAAGCGGAUUUGGGAAUCGAUGAGCCCGGAUAUAAGACUUGGAUGGCGACAGUUCGAGCUUUCUUUGCUCAGCCUCGGUCAUCGACAUCCACCUUGCCCAUGGCGAGUGGAACCACCGUUCUCCCGACACUCGUGCCUGAUCAGGACCGAGAGUCGUACAUCUCGUCGAUCGAACAGGCGAAAGAAUAUAUCACCGCCGGGGAAUCAUACGAACUUUGCCAGACGACACAGUUCCGAACGACGGUCGACCCCACCCUAGCUUCGGAUCCUUACCCACUCUACCUCUCGUUGCGAUCCUCGAACCCGGCGCCGUACUCGUCCUACCUCCGCCUUCCUCGUUCCAAGCUCUCGCUCCUGUCUUCCUCUCCCGAGCGCUUUAUGCGCAUUACUUCGGACGGCCACGUCGAAAUGAAACCCAUCAAGGGCACCGUCAAACGAUGUCUCGACAACGAGGCAGAAGAUCAACGAAGAAAAGAGAGUCUGGAGAAGGACGAAAAGGAACGCGCCGAGAACCUCAUGAUCGUCGAUUUGUGUCGCAAUGACUUAUUGGCGUUCUGCGAGGUUCAGAGUGUGUCGGUGCCGAAAUUGAUGAAGGUCGAGACGUACCAAACGGUCCAUCAGUGAGUUCGGUCAUCAAACCUUCCCAAUUCAGUCAUCUGGCUGACUGGUUGUUCUUCUUAGACUCGUGACGAGCGUGGUCGGCCAAUUGACGCCAGCAGUGAACCCCUUCGAGGCCGUCCAGCGAGCGUUCCCACCAGGUACGUCAUCCUGCUGCUUAUCCCCAUUUCGCAGUUGACUGACGCUUCGAGCAAACAUCCAUCACUCAUCCUCAGGAUCCAUGACGGGUGCACCCAAACUUCGAUCGCUCAAGUUGCUCGAAGACCUGGAAGGUCAUCGAGCCCGAGGUGUUUACUCCGGCGUCUUUGGCUACGUCGCCGUCGACGGCACGACGGACUUUUCCGUCGUGAUCCGCACACUUGUAUUCAACGAUACCCGUAGGUCUUGACAGUAUACAUAUCAUGCGCACCAUCUUUACUGAUCAAAGAUGCCGCGGUGUGUGCGCAGAAUUGACCCUCGGCGCAGGUGGAGCGAUCACCUAUCUGUCAGACGCGGCCAAGGAAUGGGACGAAGUCUUGACCAAGAAGGAAGCGGUUAUGAAGUGCUUCACUUAG